CCAUACUCCUAGGAAGAUCCACUGAUAAAAUACAAGCUCCUUCUCCAACAAAUCCAAGCUUUCUUCUGGACCUUCAAAACAAUGUCUUUUGCAGCGCCAAAAAAAAAAACCCUUUUCAUAUUAUCUCUUGUGAUUCUCUGGUAUUCUUCCAACAUUGGCGUUCUUUUACUCAACAAGUACUUGCUCUCCAAUUAUGGCUUCAGGUUCCCAAUCUUUCUCACAAUGUGUCACAUGUCAGCUUGUGCAAUUCUCAGUUAUUUCUCCAUUGCGUUUCUCAAAAUUGUUCCUUUACAAGCUAUUAAAUCAAAGUCUCAGUUUUUCAAGAUUGCAACCUUAAGUUCUGUGUUUUGUGGAUCUGUUGUGGGUGGCAAUAUUUCGCUUAGAUAUCUUCCUGUUUCGUUUAAUCAAGCUGUGGGUGCAACGACACCCUUUUUCACUGCUUUGUUUGCUUAUUUGAUGACUUUCAAGAGGGAGGUUUGGGUUACCUAUGCUGCUCUUGUGCCUGUUGUUGCUGGUGUUGUCAUUGCUAGUGGGGGUGAGCCAGGUUUUCAUUUAUAUGGAUUUAUAAUGUGCAUUAGUGCAACUGCGGCAAGGGCCUUCAAGUCUGUUCUUCAGGGUAUCCUGCUUUCUUCUGAAGGUGAAAAGUUAAACUCGAUGAAUUUGAUGCUGUACAUGUCCCCAAUUGCAGUGAUAGUUUUAUUGCCUGCAGCACUUGUAAUGGAGCCCAAUGUGUUUGAGGUCACCUUGUCCCUGGCAAAACAGCAUAAAUUUUUGUGGCUGCUUCUUCUGAUUAAUUCAACAAUGGCCUAUUCAGCGAACCUGUUAAACUUUUUGGUGACAAAACAUACAAGUGCACUAACGCUUCAGGUAUUAGGCAACGCAAAGGGUGCCGUGGCUGUUGUAAUCUCAAUUCUCCUGUUCAGAAAUCCUGUGACAUUUAUUGGAAUUGCUGGCUACACCAUGACGGUUAUGGGGGUGGCUGCAUAUGGGGAAGCAAAGCGGCGAUUUAGGUGAGGAAGCAAAUAGAUGCAUGAUCUGUAACAGGUUUGUCAGUUUGUAAAAACAUAUCAACAGUGACCUUUGAAACAUUUUUCCCUUGAUCAAGCUAAAUCCGGGAGCAGAUCAUAGCCAUCAUGGUGUUGAAGCUUAGGUGUAUUGUUUUUGACAGGGAUGAACUUUAUAACAACUCCAAGGGGCAUGCUGAUGGCUCCGAUUAUAAUGCAGAGUAGCCAUAGCCGCCAGCUUAGGGGUACUGUGCUGGCAAACGUUCCUAAGAAUUCAACUAUGAUCACUUGAAAUGCCACUGUCAGCACAAUAAUUCCAAUGAACAUCCAGCUUUUGAAAA